GACUGCCGCCGUCAAUCGCUAGCCCCUGGCCGUCGAUUUCGCAUGGAAUAAAGAAAGUGUGCGGCUGCCCAUCAAGUUGUUAGGGCUACGUCGCCGUCGACGGCGGUUGGGCCGCCGUCGUCAACCGCGGCGACUCCAUAUCCAUUGGAUUGAAGCUAUGGCCGCAGCUUCUUUGGAUCCUCCCGAUCCACUUGAUUACAUGUAUGUGAGAUUCCAUUACUUCGGCUAUUUUGUGAGGAAGGAUGGACAUGUUGAUUACCCAGGAGAGAUACAAGUAGAGAUGUUUAUUCCAAGAGACAUGCUAAGUUAUGCAGAAUUGUGUUUAUAUGCUGAAGAUUUGCAUCGAGUAGAAAGAGGUCACUGCAAAGGAAACUAUACCUACAAGCUGCACUGGUUAGUUCCAGGGGAAAACCUGUCAAAUGGACUUCUUUUUCUGCAAGACAAUGAUUCAGUUGCACAAGUGGACAAUGCAAUUUCAUAUGGUGAUUUUGCUGACAUUUACGUGGAGGAGUUGGAGCAUGUAGGUGAGUCUGAUCUGCACAUUAUGGAAGCAAUUCAAGAGCAUUUUGAGCAGGAGGACACAUGUCAGAGGGAGACUGCAUAUAGUUAUGAAGCUUUGGUCACAGUUGCUGUUGGUGAAACUUACUCCGGGCAUAGAGGGACAAGAAUGCCAUUGAUUGAUGUGCAGUUUGUAGGAACAAAUGUUGUUGAUGAGAUGAUAUUAACACAUAUGGCUAGUGCUGCAGAAGAAGAAGCAAAUGCAAAAUCCUCCCCUAAUGCAGUUACUAGUAGACCUGCUAAGUUGCCAGUCAGGAGAAGUUCUACAAGUCAAACGGUGGCACCUGAAGCAACAGCAACACCACCACCUGAAGCAACAACAACUACAACUGAAGCACAAGCAGCUGCAACUGAAACAACAUCUACUGCAUUUGAAGCACAAGUUGAUGCAUCAGAAGCACCCGGGAGGGUUAAUAAACUAAAUAGAGCUCCAAUGGAAAAUGCAGAUGAGGAGGGUGAGGAUGAGAGUGACCUGGACUAUGAACCUGGCUCUGAGUGCAGCUCUGCUGAAGAAUCGGAAGCAGAGCAGGUGAGAAAACUAGCAAGAGAAAUUAGGAGGCAAAAAAGGGCUAAGAAACUAGGGAAGGGAGUUGGUCCUGUAGUCAAAGAUGACAAUGUCAUUGAAGGUGCAUCUGGUGAUGAAGAUUUGGAUGGAGGCAAUGAUGUGGAUGAGUUUGAGUCAGACGAUGAUUGCUCAUAUGAUGAAGAGAGUGAUGGAGAGGGAGGGACAAGCCUGUUGAGGAAACAAAGUCAAUUGAAAAGAUUUGAUAGCAAGGCAGAAAUCCCUUCCUUUCAGCUAGGUAUGGUUUUCAGAGGGAGAACUCAAAUGAAGAAAGCACUGAUAAACUAUGGUAUCAAAACACAUAGGCAUAUAGGCUUUACAAAAGAUGAAAACAACAAGGUGAGGGCACAUUGUACUUGGCCUGGAUGCAAGUGGAUGAUAUAUGCAUCUAAAACAUCUAGAAACAAAUGGAUGCAAGUUUCCACAUUUAUAGAUGACCACAACUGCAUUCCUCGAAGAGACAAUAAACUGGUUACCUCUACUGUCAUUGCAAAGAGAUAUGGUAGGCUAAUAAAAUCAAAUCCAAGUUGGAAGUUGGAGGAAAUAAAGAAAACUGUGCUCAUUGAAAUGUUUGCAGAUGUGACCAUUGCACAAUGCAAAAGGGCUAAGAGGAUGGUCCUUUCAAAGUUACUGGAUUCCUCGAAAGGAGAAUAUUCCAAGGUGUUUGACUAUCAACUAGAGCUACUAAGGUCAAACCCAGGAAGCACCGUUGCGGUGAAAUUGGACCAAGAUGAGAAGGACGACACUCAUGUGUUCCAAAGAUUUUACAUCUGCUUUGAUGCAAGCAAAAAGGGGUUUCUUGCUGGUUGUAAACAAGUCAUAGGUCUUGAUGGAUGUUUUUUUAAGGGUGCAUGUUAUGGUCAGCUGCUUUGUGCUCUGGGUAGAGAUGCAAAUAAUCAAAUGUACCCCAUAGCAUGGGCCAUUGUGGAGAAGGAGACUUACCCGUCAUGGUUUUGGUUCCUUGCAAAGCUCAAUAAAGAUUUGAAGAUCAAGAAUGAGGGUGAUGGCUGGGUGUUUACAUCAGAUCAACAGAAGGGCCUGAUUGGUGCUAUAGAGGAUAUUUUCCCUAAGUCAGAGCAUAGGAUGUGUGCAAGGCACAUAUAUGCAAACUGGAAAAAAAAGCACCCAGAUCAUGAUCUACAGAAGAGGUUUUGGAGGUGUGCUAAGUCUUCGAAUAGAUCUAUAUUCAACUAUAAUAGAGCAAGACUUGCACAGUUUACUGUUGAAGGUGCAAAGGACAUGAUGAAUACUGCUCCAGAGCAUUGGUGUAGGGCAUACAUGAAGCUAGGCUCCAACUGCGACUCAGUGGAUAAUAACAUGUGUGAGUCCUUUAAUAAUUGGAUCUUGGAAGCAAGGUAUCUCCCAUGCAUCUCUAUGCUAGAGUGGAUCAGACAGAAGAACAUGGUGAGGAUACAAGAAAAUAGAACUAAAGCUGAGAAAUGGGAAGGGGCCGUUUGUCCUAAUGUAUUCAAAAAACUGAAACAGAACAUCAAGAGAUCAGGAAAUUGUGAUGUCCUCUGGAAUGGCAAAGAGGGGUUUGAGGUACUUGAACAUGAGAAGUUCAAAUUCACUUUGAACUUGGAUGCAUGGACAUGCUCAUGCAGAUACUGGCAACUUUCUGGCCUGCCAUGUUGUCACGCAAUAAGUGCUAUCUACAAAACUGGCAGGAAAAUAGAUGAUUACAUUGCCAAGUGCUACUCUAUUGAAGUGUACAACAAAAUAUAUUCCCACUGUUUGGAACCCUUGGAGGGGGAAGAAAGUUGGCCAAGAUCAGAUCGAGUAAAGCCUGCACCUCCAGGGUACAUUAGCUUGCCAGGCAGGCCAAAGACAGAGAGACGAAGAGAGGAGGGAGAAGCACCAAAGGGAAUAAGAUGAGGAAGAUAGGAGGGACAAUAACAUGCAGUUCAUGCCAUAGGACAGGUCACAACAUGAAAUCUUGCACAAACAAUGGAGCAGGCAAGCACCAGGGCAAUUCACAUAUUGUGAGAGAUGCUGCAAGGAAAAGAAAACAAGACAAAGAUGCAAUGGAGGCAGAAAAUGCGAAGAAAGCAAAGGCAGCAGUUGAGGCUGCAAAUGCAAAGAAGGAAAAGGGGAUUGCACAGUCAAGUUCUCAACCACAUGUUCAAAUUCAUGAAAAUUUAACAAGUUCUCAGCCAAGCAGGCAGGGCAAGUCACAAGCAGGAGUUCGUGAUGUCCCAGCCAAGCAAGCAGGGCAAAAUGUUAAGAAAUCAAUGCAGGGCAAGUCAAAAGCUGGAGCAAGCCAAGCAGGCAGGGCGAAACACUCAAGCAUGCAUAGGAAAUCCACAAAUGUUGGUGGUUCACAGCCAGCAAUCAGCCAGAUGAAAUCCACACAGGGGGGAACAAGCAGCAGCUCACAACCCAAUGUUCCCAAGCAUUGUGUGUUCAACUUGGUAGCAUACAAGAAGGCCUUAGAGAGCAAGAAAGGACCAUCCAUUUGAAAUUUCCUGCUUUUUUUUCUGUUGCUGUCAAGUACUCUGAAUUGUGCUCAUGUACUCUAAAUUAGUUUAUGUGAAGAGCCAAUGUCCAGAUGUUUAUUUCAGCAAGAUCGGAACAUGUAUGAUCUUUUUGGAACUAUUUAUCUACUCUGAAUUAUGGUGUAUUGUGAAGUACAUGAUCUAUGAUCUUUUGGAACA